AUGUACAUGUCGGCUGGGGAGCCGGGAAUGCACGACCUGAAACGGUCUUUCCUUCGCGCCGGUCCCAGGGCAUUCGCCUUCUGUAUGAAUGAAUACUCCACAUUCCUCCUUCAUCCUCCUUCUUUCCAUUCCUGGGCAGAACAUAUGCGCGAGGCCGGUGACAUCCUUUCUUGCACUUGCGCCGGAGCAGAUGAGGGCAGUGGGAGGGUGGAGUGCUCCGAUGCGACGCUCCGAUUGCAGCCCGAGAGCGAGGGCCGUCCAUUGCCAUCCGCCUCCCUAGAGGCAUCUCACCGUCCCAGAGCGACUCGACCUCCGGCCAUAGGGUCGGAGGACUCUCCCCUCUGCAUCCUCAAUUCGUCGAGAGAAUCACCUAUGUACAUGUCGGCUGGGGAGCCGGGAAUGCACGAACUGAAACGGUCUUUCCUUCGCGCCGGUCCCAGGGCAUUCGCCUUCUGUAUGAAUGAAUACUCCACAUUCCUCCUUCAUCCUCCUUCUUUCCAUUCCUGGGCAGAACAUAUGCGCGAGGCCGGUGACAUCCUUUCUUGCACUUGCGCCGGAGCAGAUGAGGGCAGUGGGAGGGUGGAGUGCUCCGAUGCGACGCUCCGAUUGGCCCUCGCCUUCGGUAGGAAUGAAUCCUCCACAUUCCUCCUUCUUCGUCCUCCUCGCUUCCAUUCCUGGGCCGAAACCAUGCUUGAUGCCACUGACAUUCUUCCCUGCGCCAGAGCAAAUGUGGGCAUUGGGACUAGCGGGCUAAAUCUUUGUCCCAAUUCUACUGAAAUCCUCCCCUGCACUUGCUCCUAUUUUGGAACCGAAGACACUGUGAUGGUGGACUGUUCGGAGGCGACUUCAAGCGACGAUAUCUACUCUGCCUUCAACGAUGUUGCCUGGCCCGUCCAAAAUCUCAAACGGUUUCUUCUGGGAGGGAACUGUCACGUUUCAGUGCUGCCCGAAGGAGCUUUCGGCGAUAUCAGUUUCGAGGAAAUCGUCGUCAUCCAGACCUCCGUGGCCAGCCUCCAUCCCACGGCCUUGUUACCCUCGAAAGAUCGACUUCGGAGGUUGACUAUCGAGAAAAGUUUCUUAGAAGAAUUACCUUGGGAGAUCCUCCCUCAACUUAUCAACCUCAAGAAGCUCGAACUGCGGAGCAAUGCAUUGAACAGUUUGCCAAAACUUCAAAGUGGUCACAAUCCUGUUUUAGAUGUCCCAGCUGGAUUCUUCAACGAUAUGGGAAAAUUGGAGGAAUUUUAUUGUUUCUCCUGUACCUUCGGACCAACACUGUCGACCAAGUCUUUGGAAUUCCGCAGCGCAACCAUGAAAGUGAUUCACAUAGAUAGCAACUCAAUCUCAACUCUGGAUGCGGAUGCGAUCACAGGUUUGCAGCCCAACACGUCUCUAUAUUUUGGUAAUAAUGAAAUUCGGGAAUUGACGGAGGUAUCCUUCCGCCCCAUGCUGGAGGUGCUCUCAGUGGGCACUGGGCACAUCUCUAUACGCGAUAACCCCGUGAAGUGCGACUGCAGCAUAGCAUGGGUAGUGCUCAAUCCUUCCUUUUUGGGAAGCUUGCAGGGUGAAUGCACGGAUGGAACGAAUUUUCAAGACUUGGAUCCGAUCAUUUUUGAAGACUGCGCUAGGAGCGAGCCUAAUUCAGUAGAUGACUAUUCCACUUGGAUCGACUACAGAAUGAAGUAAAUGUGGAAACAUGGUGGAAGAAAUUGCUUUUGUCCUUGGGUCCAUGAAUCUGUC